AUGUCUGCCAGAUUGUUGAAGAAAGUUUUGAAAGAACAGGAGCAGUUAGAACAAGAAGAAAAACGUCGUCAAGAAGAGGAGCAGCUCGAUGAUGAUGAAUCCGACUCUUUCGAUUCCGGUGGUCGUUCUUCUAAGAAUCCCUUUGACCUUCUCAACGACGACGACGACGAUGAUGACCCCGAGCCUAACCAGGUGGUGGUUUUGGUGAUAAAUGCUUUUGCUAACUGGAAGCAAUAUGAACAUCAGAAAUACGUGCACUCAUCUUCAUAUAGUCGAGCCCAAAGAGCAUUUCAAGCUGCACAAGCAAUUCAUGACUUGAAUGGUGUAGCGAGUGUUCUCUUGUAUAAUCCUUAUCAUUUGGAUUCACUUAUAACAAUGGCAGACUAUUUUAGAUUUGCGGGUGAACAUCAAAUGUCAGCAGAUGCUAUAGCUAAGUGUUUAUAUGCAUUGGAAUGCGCAUGGCAUCCUAUGUUCACUCCAUUUCUGGGUAACUGUCAAUUAAAAUUUCACCAUGAAACAAACAAGCCAUUGUUCACAACACUUUUCAGUCACAUGAAAAAUAUGGACAGGCGUGGUUGUCAUAGAUCUGCUCUAGAGGUUUGCAAGCUAUUGCUUUCACUUGAUGUAGAUGAUUCCAUGGGGGCCUUGUUCUGCAUUGACUACUUUGCUUUAAGAGCAGGCGAAUAUACAUGGUUGGAGCGGUUCUCUGAGGAGUAUAAAAAUGAUAACUCCUUGUGGUUGUUUCCAAAUUUCUCGUAUUCACUUGCUGUUUGCCGGUUUUAUCUUGAACAAGAGCAAUCCUCACAAGAUUCUGAUAUGGAUGCUACAAAAGCUACUUCAGCGGAUUUGAUGAAACAGGCUCUGAUGCUUCACCCUUCAGUUCUUAAGAAACUGGUUGCCAAAGUACCUUUAAAAGAUCAGGCAUGGACAAAGAUACUAAAACACUCCUUUUUUCAUUUAGAUCAGACGAGGAUCCCAUCCUUGGAUCACCUGAUUAAUAUAUAUGUAGAAAGGAGUUACAUGAUAUGGAGACUUCCUGAUUUGCAAAAAUUACUUAAGAACAGUGCACAACUGGCUAUUGAGAUGUUGGAUCUCGACGGAAGUGAUGCUAAGAACUGGGCUUGUGUAAGAAAAGAGGCUUUUCCCUCAGAGAAAAAUGAGUAUCCUCAUUUGAUGGUUCAGGAUUUUUCUGAUUCAAUGCCAACUCUUCCACCCGAUAACCUUCAAAAUUUUAUAGCUGAUAUGAGGAUGAGGGAGGGUGCCCAGAAUGGUGAUCAAAUUGUUAAUCCAGUAGAUCGGGGCCAUCCACCACCACCACAUGAUAUAGCAAAUCGCAAUCCUUUGGCUGUUCUAUUUGAGUCAAUUCUACCGUGGGUUAAUUAUAGUGAUGGAAGAGAUGGUGCUGGGAUUGACGAGGAUGACCCAUUACAUAGGCAUGGUGGGGGCAAUGAAGACCAUUGAGGGUUCCUGCACUAAGAAACCAAAAAAAUUCUGUUGUGAGCUAGAAGUGUUCUUUCACUGUGAUGUUACUGAUACAUAUAUUUUUCAGUGCAGAAUGCGAAAUAUCCAGUGAAGCUGAACAUGUGAUACAUUCAGCUGAGAUAUCUUCUUUGUACAGAGUAAUCUCUAGGAAACUUGCAGCCAAGAUUUACUUGUGAUAUUUUUCAAUUUUGUGGUGGCUACUAUUAAAUUUUAUGCAAAUGUACUUGUUCCUUGCCCAUAAUGCUCUUCUACUCUGGUGCUAAAACCAUACGAUGAUCGCGGGAAUGAUGGAACUCAAUUCAUUUAGUUGUUUAUAGGAUGUCACCUUUCAGUUCUUGAAAGUAUAGACUCAAUUUUAGUUCAUUUUUAA